AUGCUUUAAUUAAGAAAAUAGGGGUAGAUGAAAAUAUAAUUGAAUUCUGAAAAUAUUUAGUCCUUCUCACUUCCAUCGAUAAUAAAUUCAUCUAAGUGGGUCAAAUUCUAUUCAUUGUUAAUUGAAAUGUAGGUUGACCUGAAGGCAUAAUCUUUUGAAAAAAUUACCAUUUAAAUUACCACACUUUGA